AUGGGUGUCAGGUUGGUACCGAUGCUCAAAGGUGCCACAGCCUCAGAGAUCAUGGUCGAGGAGGACUGGUGUCAAACGUCGCGUGAACUUGCCUUUCGGUUCACUUCAUCGCAACCCUCCAAAGGAGCCAAGAAGUUGUUCUUGAUUCCUUUCGACCUGUUUUCGAACGGUUCGAAGGGUUUUGAGAAUAACGCACCGACUCCGGCAAACUGGAUUUUGAAGCACGAUGUCUUCCCGGCUGCGUAUCGGAACGCGGUCAGCCAGGAGACCAGCACCAAGGUAGAAGGCGACGUCAAGCUACCUGAGCCCCACGCACACGCACGGGAAGAGCACGAGGAGACGCACGAAUCCUUCACCGCCACCGUCCACCAGCACCAGCAGCAGCCGCCGCCGGUCCACGAGACUCACGUCAAGGAGGAGAUUCGCAUCGUCGAGGAAGAGCGCCGCCGCCCGCAGCCCCCGCCGCAGCGUGAAGAGGUCCAUAUCCACGAGGAGACGCACUACCGCCAGCCCGAGCGCGCGCAGCACUUUGACCGUCAGUCGCACGCCCAGUACGAGUCGCGCCAGCCCGAGCGCUUCCCGCCCCAACCUUCUCACUCCCACACCCACAUCGACAUCAAGGACAGCACCUACGACAGGCACUUCAACACUGUCCACGGCCCUGCCACCGACUCCGCCCCCACACAGAUCGACGUUACCGAGCGUCAGUUCCGUGAACGCACCCGCCCCAUUGUUGAGGACUCCCGUUACACGCGCGAGACCUUCACUGCCAAGCACCAGGACACCGUCGACCGACGCUAUCCUGAGGUUCGAGUAGAGUCAUCUGCCCGUUCCACCGCGCCCCCCUCCAAGCACCACCGCCUUUCUAUGGGAUAUUACGACAACGAAGGUCAAUACCAUUCGUUCCGUGACGCCGCCCACUCCGCUGCACACAAGGUCGCCCACAAGGUCGCCGAACGCGUAGCCCACCCCAUCCACCCCCACCGCCACCACCACCACCACUCCGACUCGUUCGCCGGCGGCAAGUACUCCGACGACAAGGAAGAGAUCAUCGUCAAGGAGAAGUACUCAUCCAGUGCUCCUUCCCACGUCUCUGCCGCUCCCUCGCACGCAGCUCACUCUCACGUGUCUGUCGCAUCUGCUCCCGCUCCUUCGCGCGUAGCACACUCCCGCGUCUCGCACUCUCACGUGUCUGCCGCCCCCGCCCCUCUCCCCAGCCGCCCCGUCUCGUCCGGAGCUCCUGUCCAGAGGUCCCGCCCCGCAUCCACUCCCUACGUCCCCACUCCUUACGUUCCCGCCGCCCCCGCGACCGCACGCAAGAUGGCUUCCGCCAACACCAUCACCGUCCCUUGCCACCACAUCCGCAUCGGCGAUCUCCUGAUCCUUCAGGGCCGCCCCUGCCAGGUCAUCCGCAUCACCACCUCGUCGCAGACUGGCCAGCACCGCUACCUCGGUGUUGACCUGUUCACCAAGCAGCUGCACGAGGAGUCCAGCUUCAUCUCUAACCCCGCCCCGUCGGUCGUUGUCCAGAACAUGCUCGGCCCUGUCUUCAAGCAGUACCGCGUUCUCGACAUCCGUGAAGACGGUCGCGUUGUUGCCAUGACCGAGACUGGUGACGUUAAGCAGGGUCUCCCUGUCCUUGACCAGAGCGGUCUCGCUUCGCGCCUUGCCGAGUCCUUCGACAACGGCCGCGGCUCCGUCCGUAUCCUCGUCAUCAACGACGAUGGUCUCGAGAUGGCUGUCGACUACAAGGUCGUCCACGGCUCCAGGCUGUAA